AGGAGCACAAACUGGGCGCUGCCCACAGAGAUGCCUCCUGAGGCAGGGGCAGGGGCUGAAGCCUCUCUGGGGACCCCUGUCAUGGCUGGCGGCCGUGCCCGCGGCUCUGGCAGCCAUCUCCAUCCUCAGCCCCGGGGCUGGUGCAGCCCUUCUCAGGCUGGGGCUUGGCACUUGCCUCCCCCCACUGCGCUGGGCACUGGCCUCCAGCCAGGGCUUGGUUGAGCUCGGGGCUCCGCGGGGCUGCGAGCUGGGGCUGCAGGGGAUGCCAUGGGAGUAGAGUGCUUCCCGUCACACACCCUGGGCUGCACUGGGGUGCUCGCAGCCUCCCUGGCACUGUGAGGCAUGGGGGGAUGCCUUGGAGACCCCUCUGCGCAGCCCCUCUGCUCCAGCCUGUCCCCAUGCCAGGCUCCUGUCUGUCCUGCUCAGUCCCAGCUGCCAGCCCCCACACAAGGGCAGUCCUGCUCUGUGGGCACGCUAAGGGGCCAGGCUGUGGGCAGAGAUGCCAAGCAAGUGGAGACAGCACCGCAGUGCUUGGGGCAGAGGGGUGGUGGGAGCCGAGGUGGUGACCUUGCAGACAGUGCCACUCCCGUGCCAUGCAGCUCGCAGGGAAGUGGUUCCUGAUCGGCAUGGCCUCCCGCUGCAGCUACCUGGCAGAGCACAGCCACCAGCUAGAGGCUACGACAGUGACGGUGACUGUCCUGGAUGGGCAGAGCCUGGCCAUCAGCACCUUCAGGAAGCUGGAUGGGAUAUGCUGGGAAAUCAGGCAGCGCUACCUCCCUGCCCAGGCCCAUGGACGCUUCUUCCUGAAGGGCCGUGGCUAUGGCAGAAAGGUGGACGUGGUGGUGGGUGAGACGGACCACAGCAGCUACGCCAUCCUCUAUUACCAGAAGGGACGCAGCAUCUCUGUCAAGCUCUAUGGACGGACCAGCCGGGUCAGCGACGCCAUCGCAGACAAGUUUGAGCAGUGCAUCAGGGCUGUGGGGCUGAGUGAAGACAUGACCUACUACUUCCCCACAUAUGGGUUUUGUGACUCCGCAGACGAGUUUCACAUCCUCGACGAAACAAAGCUGUAGGUGCAGACAGUGUUGCCAAGAGCCCAGCCCUUGCCUUAUCCAGCCACUCAUGGCCACACAGGGCUGAGCCAGGGUUUGGCCAGACCCCACUGCUGCUCCACAGCCCUGGGCUCCCCGGCUCCUCCAGCUGCACCAGCAAGUUGUGCCUGUCCUUGUCCUGUUCCCCCCCCCCCAGCUUUGUGCCACCUCUCUGCUUGCAGUAGCCAGCAACACCCCAAUAAAUGCCUUGGAGAAGGGUCUGUGUCCAGGCAAGUCACCCCUUGAUCUGCAAGGCCAGCGCUGUCUCCACCUCUGGACUGCUGGUGCCCCGGCACUGCGCUCCUGUCCUGGGGGUGCAGGGGGACCACACAGCCCCCUCCACACGGCUCCAUCAUCCUCUCCCCCAGCCAUGAGGUUGUGGCAGUUUCCGGUUUACUCCCGGGUGCUGUAGUUCGUGUGAGUCUGCCCAGUGAGUGACAGAAAGCCCCAGGUGCCCACCACAGUUUGGGGAAAAGCACUGUGCCUGGUGCUGUGGGGCCGCAUGGGCUUGGGGGGCACUGGGGACCCGCUUAGGAUGAGCCCUUCAGCCUAAACAAGCCAGGACAUCCCUCGGGGACCCCAGAGGAAGAAACUUUGGUCCUGCAGUAGUCCUGCUGGUCCCCAGGGCCUCUGAGGCAGUGAAACACCCCACUCCCCUGUCCUGGCCCUGCAGACCACAUUCCCCAAGGGGCUGCUGCCUGGGCCAGGGCCCUGCCUGCACAGCCAGCACCCCACUGCAGGCCCAGGCAGGUGACACCCCUCACAUGCUCUGAGCACACUGCAGGGGCUGUAGGGGCUUGGACCAGGGUUGCAACCAGGGUAGAGUAACUGCAGCCUUAACCCUGGGCCUGCAGCCCCUUGCAGGACCCCUAUCGCCUGCACGUCCAGCCUGGCUGAGUCUGUCCUGCCACGCACUUGGGCCAGGACUGGGCUGUUUUGGGCAAGUGGUGCCAAUUCCCCGGUGCAGGCUGGGUGGUGGGAGGGGAUGGAGGGCAGCCCCCAGCAGCAGGCUGGUACAGUGCCCUGGCCACCCUACAGCUCCUGGGGCGGGGAACAGCCCUCUGCCCCCAGCGCCGGCGUUUUGCAAUCUUAGCGGAAACUGGUAACACAUGUUGUUUAUCAGGGACUUAUGUAAGGGACCGCCACGUGACUCGCCUGAAGCCUGCCCCCAUCUCCGCUGCCCAUGUGCGGGGCAGUCGUGUCCGGCUGCACUCACAGAACCCCUGGGCCACCCAGUUGAACCUGGCAGAGUCAGGGUGUUAUGGAUCCAGCUGACUUUCUGCCCUGCACCCACCCGUACCCCAGAGGUGGCUGAGCAGUGGUGGAGCCAUGGCAAGAUGAUGGGAGGCGAAGGGAGAGCCCUGCCCUCCCGCCUUGGGGAGCUGGGCUGGUGCCAAGGACCCCCCUGAGCCCUGCACCCCAUCUCAGCCCUGCCCAUGUUUAUCUGGCAUGAACCCAUUUCUGGGGUGCAAAUGCCUGGGUUGUGCCUAAGAGUCUGUGUCAAGGCACCCAGGUAGCUCCAUCCUGCCCAUGCCCCCAUCCCCAGCAGUGGGCUCAGCCUGCCCCCCACGCUGCUGCCAGUACCUCCGUGUGCCCCUGCGUGCCCCCAUGCUCCUGAGCUUGCCACCCAACUCCUUGGGCUGGCCCCCUGCUUUGCCACCCCCAGCAGAGCUGAGAGAGCGGGCACCUCCUGGGCACCCCCUCCUGCUGCUGGGCUGGGCAGGGAGACAGAGACACCCGGGGAACAGGGUGGCUUUGUGUUCCUGCCCCAGCACAGAACCACAGAGACACCCACGGGUGCCCCGAUGCCUGAUGGAGCGAGCUCCUCCUGGCACCCUGCACCCCAAGGGUGGGCUUAGACAGAGGUGAAGCCCCUAGCCCAGCAUGCAGGGGGGCCCCAGCCAGGCUCUCAUGAUGCUCAGUCCUGCCCAGCUCAGCUUUUGUUUUGUUUUAAUAAAUCUGCAGAGCUGGGGCCGGCCCGGCCCCUGGCGCGUGGUGUGCAGGGCCAGGCCGGGCUCGCAGCUGGGCGCGGGGAAGGGAAUGUGCUGGGCUGGGCGGCAGGGUGGGCUGCCAGAGGGAAAAACCAGCUGUUGUGAAAACACGCUCCUUAUGUAAAGCAGAGCUGCUGGGCUGCCCUGCUCAAAGCGUGCCACACCCAUGGGUGCUGCUGUGUUGAUCCCCAGCCCUCACCCUGUGGGUGCUCAGGGUGUCCCCACAUUAAGGAGGGCAGCUCAGCACUCACUGCUGACCCUAGACCAAGGGGGAAGAUGUUUUCCAGCUCCUCUUGGCCAAGGGUGCCGGGUGACACGUGGGGGAUGAGGCACUGGGGGUCUGUCUGGCUCCGUGCUGGUCCCCAGGGGCUGGGCAUUGGGGCUGCCUGAGGCUGGAGCCUGGCUCCCCCCCAACACCCCCAGCCCCCCCCCCAGCUCACCAUCGAGGUGCACCAGAGCUGUGCCUGGGUGGGCACACCCGGGGCCAGUCGAGAUGCUUCCUUGGGUGAUGCAGGGACUCAGGUCAGGGCAAGGCGGGGGGUCCUGCAGGAGCACCCAAAGGUGCCCACAAGUCCCAUGGGUUGGAUCAGGACCUGGCAGGCACUUGUCAUUUCCUCCACAUCACUCGAGCCCCUCUCUGUGUCUGAGUGAGGCCAUCCUGCAAGGAUGGGGCAGUCAGCAAGCCCUGGCCCCCAGUCCCGGCCCCCUGC